CAGUUUAUUUAGUUAUCUGUUCAUCUUAUAUUUGAAUUUAAAUCUUAUAUACAUCUCUUAUAGGAGUGGAAAGCUUCAUAUAAAGUAAAUUGUUUAAUAGUAUUAUCGAUUUUCUCGUAAAACUACCUCAUCAUGUUGAUUGAUAGCUGGCUUUUGAUGCUAUACAAAAUUGUUUGUGAUCCACAUUUCACUGGACCCACGUGUUUGGUGAUAUUUUUAUGUUAAACCAGUAGCUAAACAACAUAUAUGGCAGUUACAGAACUGCUUUAGCACCAUGAUAUGUUAAGUUAGUCCUAGAUGUUCCCUUCUGAUAUUAUUAAUAGUGUGGUGAAUAUUGAAAACAGACAAUAUUUUUUAAAACAGCAGCAAGUCUUUUAGUAAAAUUAACUAAUAAUGUUAGAUAUGGUACCAUCAAUUUUUAAAGAACAUUGUCCAGUUGUAUAUUUUUUAACUAGUCUCAGGAGGGCACCAUAUGUAUAAUAUAUCUUAUGAUAAACAUAUUAAAUAUUCUAUAUUAACAUUUAACAUUGUUUAAUUUACAUUUGAGGACCUAUUAUGGAAACCCUCUGUUUGUGUUGGAUUUAGUGGUAGAUUUAACGCUCUUGCUUGCUUUUUUCUACCUUGGUUACCUAAUUUCUUUGUUGUCUUCACGUUUAUUUUCUUUCAUCUAUAAGCUGAAGUUUCAUUUCCUGCACAUAUAUGGGUAUGACCAUCAGGCUGGAAAAUUAAGCUCUCGUAGUACGGGACAUGAUGAUGUACUGCAAGCAUCUCAUGCGGAUAGCCCUUUAAGUCAAUUGCCUUCACAAACUACCGAAGGAGAAAGCUCAGUUAGCGGACAGGCCUCUGAAUAUGAUGAAACAGAAUCAGCAUAUCUAAAGCAAAAUUCGGUGCAGCAGAUAUUUAUUCGGGAGGAGCCAGAUACAACUCUUUCUCUCGGAUGCGGCAGCAUGAAAAUGGAGGUGGAUCUGUGAUUGAUGAUUCUAUAUUCAGCUCUUAUGUUCCUGCGUCAUCUGUAGGCAGUUAUCAAGGAUUACAGGCUACAGCACCUAAUACAGGCUUCUAUUCUCAUGGUCAAGAUAACUUACCCGUGGUUCUUAACGAGUCAGACCUUGGGACUGCAUUUAAUGGCCCUAAUAGUCAGUUUGAUCUAUCAUUAUGGAUUGAAGCAAUGAAACCUGACAAAGGGACCCAUCAAAUUCCUCUUUACCAAGCUCCUGUUCCCUCCGAACAGUCUCCUUUUACAGGAGGCCCAGGAAUUGAAUCUUUCACAUUUGAUGAAGUAUACAACAAUGGACUGAGUAUCAAGGAUGUAGAUGGUGAUGAUACAGAUGGAGAAACUCCAUGGCAGAUUCCAAAUGCAAGUGGUACAUUUGCUACAGCGGACAGCUUUCAACAAAAUGAUAAAACUUUGGAGGAAGCCAUUAAUUACCCUCUCUUGAAAACUCAAUCAUCUAGUCUUUCUGAUAUCAUAAAGGACAGUUUUAAGAAAAAUGACAGUUUCACUAGAUGGAUGAGCAAAGAGCUUGCUGAAGUAGAUGAUUCUCAAAUCACAUCUAGUUCUGGAGUGUACUGGAACAGUGAAGAAGCUGACAAUAUCAUUGAAGCAUCAAGCAGUGAUCAGUAUACUCUGGGACCAGUGCUUGCACAAGAUCAGCUGUUUACUAUAGUUGAUUUUUCUCCAACCUGGACAUAUGCAGGUUCAAAGACUAGGGUAUUUAUUAAAGGUAAUUUCUUAAGUUCUGAUGAAGUUAAGAGAUUAAAAUGGUCAUGCAUGUUUGGAGAAUUUGAAGUCCCAGCUGAGAUUAUAGCAGAUGAUACUCUUGUAUGUCAUUCUCCCUCACACAAGCCUGGCAGGGUCCCUUUCUAUGUGACUUGCUCCAAUAGAUUGGCCUGCAGUGAAGUACGGGAGUUUGAUUUCCGACCUCAGUACAUGGAUGCUCCAAGUCCACUUGGUUCUACAAACAAAAUAUAUCUCCAGAAGCGUCUUGAUAAACUAUUGUCUGUGGAGCAGGAUGAGAUCCAGACAACUCUGUCUAACCCCACGAAGGAGAUUAUUGAUUUGAGCAAGAAGAUAAGUUCAUUGAUGAUGAACAAUGAUGAUUGGUCUGAGUUGCUAAAGUUGGCUGAUGAUAAUGAGCCUGCCACAGAUGAUAAGCAAGAUCAGUUCCUUCAAAACCGCAUUAAGGAAAAAUUGCAUAUCUGGCUUCUCCAUAAAGUAGGGGAUGGAGGCAAAGGUCCCAGUAUGUUAGAUGAGGAGGGGCAGGGUGUGCUUCAUUUGGCAGCUGCCCUAGGGUACGAUUGGGCAAUAAGACCAACAAUAGCUGCUGGUGUGAAUAUAAACUUCAGAGAUGCUCAUGGAUGGACUGCACUCCACUGGGCUGCAUUUUGUGGAAGAGAGCGGACAGUCGUUGCACUUAUAGCACUAGGUGCAGCUCCUGGAGCUGUAACAGACCCAACACCAAGUUUCCCUUCAGGAAGCACACCAGCUGAUCUUGCAUCAGCCAACGGACACAAGGGAAUCUCUGGUUUCCUAGCAGAGUCUUCUUUAACAAGUCAUCUGCAGACUCUCAAUCUAAAGGAAGCCAUGCGUAGCAGUGCAGGAGAAAUAUCUGGUCUACCUGGCAUUGUAAAUGUUGCUGAUAGAAGCGCCUCGCCUUUGGCAGUUGAAGGCCAUCAGACUGGAUCUAUGGGAGAUUCACUAGGUGCUGUUCGUAAUGCCGCCCAAGCUGCUGCCCGGAUAUACCAAGUUUUUAGGAUGCAAUCCUUCCAGAGAAAACAAGCAGUUCAGUAUGAGGAUGAAAAUGGUGCGAUAUCAGAUGAGCGUGCCAUGUCACUCUUGUCUGCUAAACCAUCCAAACCUGCACAGCUUGAUCCUCUGCAUGCUGCUGCGACUCGAAUACAAAACAAGUUCCGUGGAUGGAAGGGAAGAAAAGAAUUUCUGCUUAUUAGACAGCGAAUCGUCAAGAUCCAGGCGCAUGUGCGAGGUCACCAAGUGAGAAAGCAUUAUCGCAAAAUAAUUUGGUCUGUUGGGAUAGUGGAGAAGGUUAUAUUGCGCUGGAGGCGACGAGGUGCUGGGUUGCGUGGGUUUCGACCCACAGAAAAUGCAGUCACAGAGAGUACUAGCAGCAGCAGUGGCAACGUGACCCAAAACAGACCUGCCGAGAAUGACUAUGAUUUCUUACAAGAAGGACGGAAGCAGACUGAAGAAAGGCUACAGAAAGCUCUUGCCAGAGUGAAAUCCAUGGUUCAAUACCCAGAUGCCAGGGAUCAGUACCAGAGGAUUUUGACGGUGGUAACUAAAAUGCAGGAAUCCCAGGCUAUGCAAGAAAAGAUGCUCGAGGAGUCGACAGAGAUGGAUGAAGGCCUUUUGAUGAGCGAAUUCAAAGAACUGUGGGAUGACGACAUGCCAACGCCUGGAUAUUUCUAGGAUCUAACGUCUUGUGUAUGCGCUUGUAAAUUACUUCCAGGUCUUUGUACAUAGCAUUACCAAAUCGAUAACCUGUAGUUGCAUUGCUAAAUUUUUGUAUGUUUUGAAGUUUGGUUGGUACAAUAAUUUUUGUAUGCGUUUUGUACAGUAAUUCUUCUGUAAAAUGUAUCAAAAUGAUGUAGCUCGUGAAAAGCUUCAGAUAGUUGGAGAAGCUAGGUCUAGAAUCUGCAGAUAGUUUGUGUAAGGAAAAAUGUUUAAUCCUUGCUAUGUUUUGACUACGGUGUCUCGAGUUCAAA